AUCGAAUGUCGAGAUAGAGAGAGAGAGAGAGAGGAGGAGGAUAAAUUGGUCAAUUAAGACCAAAAUUGUCUUUAUGGAUGAAAUCAAUGAAGGGUUUGGCUGUACUUCCUCCAUUGUAAUAAUUCAUCCUUGUCGAUUAUACCCUCCACGCCAAGCUGACACUCUCACAUACAACAUCAAACAAAUCACAACACGUCUCUCCAAUCUCCUCCUCCCUCCCUCCUCCCAUGGCCACCUCCUCCGACGAAGAAGUAGAAAAGGAAUUACAAGAACACGACGGUGGCUUCUGCCGGAGCCUCUACGGGGUCGGCUCGGUUCUCGACCCGAGAGCCAAAUGGGUCCGAGAAUGGAACCGGGUCUUCCUCCUCGUCUCCGCCGCAGGCCUCUUCGUGGACCCUCUCUUCCUCUACACGCUCUCCAUAAGCGAGUCAUGGAUGUGCUUGUUUGUUGAUGGGUGGUUAGCCAUCACCGUCACCGUCCUCCGCUGCACCGCUGACGCCUUCCACCUUUGGAACAUGUGGCUCCAGCUCAAGACUGCCACAAGAUACUCCUUCGCCGGUGGAGCUGCCACCGCAGCCACGCCGGAGAAUAGAGGCCUUAGAGAUUCCACCCCACGCGCCGUCGCUCUCCGCUACUUCAAAUCCAAAAAAGGCUUCUUCUUUGAUCUCUUCGUUAUUCUUCCACUCCCACAGGUAGUAUUAUGGGUAGUAAUUCCAAGAAUAAUGAAGGAAGGAUCAGUGACAUUGGUGAUGACAGUAUUGUUAAUUGUAUUUCUAUUUCAAUACUUACCUAAAUUGUACCAUUCCGUUUGCCUGUUGCGGCGCCUCCAAAACCUGUCGGGGUUCAUCUUUGGCACGGUCUGGUGGGGCAUUGCCCUCAAUCUCAUCGCUUACUUUGUUGCGGCUCACGCUGCAGGUGCAUGCUGGUACCUGUUGGGUGUGCAAAGAGCAGCCAAGUGCCUUAAAGAGCAAUGCAGAGGCACGAGCAGCUGUGGGGUGAGGCUGUUGUCGUGCAAAGAUCGUAUCUUUUAUGGAGCCACCAAGAUGGGAAUGGGGAGAGACAGUGCAAGAUUUGAUUGGGCGAGUAACAGGCAACCGAAAUUCAUGUGUUUGGAUACUGCUGAUAACUUUAAUUAUGGAGCUUAUAAAUGGACUGUUCAGCUUGUUGUCAACCAAAGCCGCUUGGAGAAGAUCCUUUUUCCCAUCUUUUGGGGUCUCAUGACUCUUAGUACCUUUGGGAACUUGGAGAGCACCACGGAAUGGCUGGAAGUUGUGUUCAAUAUCAUUGUUCUCACCAGUGGACUCUUAUUGGUCACCAUGUUGAUAGGAAACAUCAAGGUGUUUCUGCAUGCAACAACGUCAAAGAAACAAGGAAUGCAGCUAAAGAUGAGGAAUCUAGAGUGGUGGAUGAGAAAGCGACAUCUUCCACAAGGCUUCCGACAGCGUGUUCGGAACUUCGAACGGCAACGUUGGGCAGCGAUGCGCGGAGUUGACGAGUGCGAGAUGAUCAAAAACCUACCGGAAGGGCUCCGACGAGAGAUAAAGUAUCACCUUUGCUUGGAUCUAGUUAGGCAGGUACCAUUGUUUCAACACAUGGAUGAUCUUGUUCUUGAGAACAUUUGUGACCGUGUCAAGUCCCUCAUCUUCACCAAGGGCGAAACCAUAACAAGAGAAGGCGACCCAGUUCAAAGAAUGCUGUUUGUCGUGCGAGGGCAUCUCCAAAGCAGCCAAGUCUUACGCGACGGCGUCAAAAGCUGCUGCAUGUUGGGGCCAGGCAACUUCAGCGGCGACGAGCUUCUAUCCUGGUGCCUCCGCCGCCCCUUCAUAGAGCGGCUUCCGCCGUCCUCUUGCACUUUGGUUACACUUGAGACGACGGAGGCGUUUGGGUUGGAGGCGGAGGAUGUCAAGUACGUAACCCAGCACUUUCGCUACACAUUCGUCAACGACAAGGUCAAACGUAGCGCCCGCUACUACUCCCCUGGGUGGCGUACUUGGGCUGCCGUUGCCAUCCAGCUCGCCUGGCGUCGUUAUCGCCACCGGCUUACGUUAACAUCGUUGUCGUUUAUUCGGCCUCGGCGUCCCCUGUCGCGGUGCUCUUCCUUGGGGGAGGAUCGCCUCCGCCUCUACACCGCGUUGCUUACUUCUCCCAAGCCCAAUCAGGAUCACUUCGAUUUUUGAAUCCAUGUUUUGCAUUUUUUUCAUUGUCUUGACUCCAACUAGAUUGGAUUGAAUUGGAUUGGAUUUCUGUACAUAUUUGGAUUAUUGCGAGAGAAUUUGGCAAA